UUCCUGCAGCACAAAAAAAAAAUCAGACAGAAAAACAACCGGCAGUGUUCGUAGCCGUGUGAAAACCUGCUGUAAAAAUGAUAUUUGGGUCAACACAGAAUUAAUUUUAUUGCAGUUUUUUUAACCUUUGACACAAUGAGGACUCAGCUCGUCGGUUUUUGCCUGGCGAUUAUCGGCUUCAUGGGAACCAUUCUCAUCUGUGCUCUCCCCAUGUGGAAAGUGACGCCAUUUGUUGGAGCAAACAUCGUCACCGCUCAGGUGUUCUGGGAAGGUCUAUGGAUGAACUGCGUGAUCCAGAGCACAGGUCACCUGCAGUGCAAGGCAUAUGACUCCAUUCUCGCCUUGCCUCAGGACCUGCAGGGCUCUCGGGCUCUCAUCUGCGUCUCCCUCGGCGUCAGUGUGGUGGCCAUUGGGCUCAGCGUGGUUGGGGUCCGGUGCACCAACUUCUGUCGCUACGACAGGCCGACUAAAUCCAACAUCGGCAUAGGUGGAGGUGUGGUUUUCAUCAUCGCAGGGGUCCUAUGCAUCAUUCCUGUCAGCUGGUCGGCUCACACCAUUAUCACAGGAUUUAACAACCCCCUGCCCACAGAGGAGAGGAGGGGGGAAUUAGGGGCUUCCAUCUACAUUGGCUGGGUGUCUGGAGCUCUGCUUGUCAUUGGAGGAGGGAUACUGGCAGGUAGCUACAGAUGCUGAGGAGGAUGGGAGAAGAAGAACAAUAGACUGCCCUUUGACUGCCGUCCUUAUCUUACUAAACUAUA